GUGGUUUGUGUUUUUUACCUUUUGCAAAGAGUGCACAGAUGGCCGCUUUCCAAUGGACAUAUGAGCUUCAAAAUACUAUGAAUAGCUUAUCCUUUGUUUCCAAUCGUAACCGUAUAUCGAUUGGUUGAAAGGAAAGAAUCGGGAAGCAGCAGUGGACAAAAAAACAAAAUGGAUGAAAGUGCUGAAAAUGUUGACAACGACGACAUUGUCAUUAUUGUGGAAAACGAGGCAGAAAGUUUGCCAGCCGAGGAGGAGAGGCUGAAACCGCAGGGCACCUUCGGGCUCAUGGACACCUGUCCUGUGUGCAAGUUGAGCUUCCACAACAGAGAGCCCAAACUCCUGCCCUGUCUCCACUCUUUCUGCAAGAGGUGUCUUCCUGCCCCGUACAGAAGUGCUGACCCACGGCGCGACUCACAAGGUCAAGUCGACAACAAAUCAUUGGGUGCUGUUCGAUGUCCAGUAUGCAGACAGGAAUGCUGGGAGAUGGACAUGUUGGAUAAUUUCUUUGUCAAGGACUCUGCUGAGGUGCCUAGCAGCACUGUGGAGAAAAGCAGCCAGUUGUGUAUCAGCUGCGAUGACAACACAGAGGCAACAGGUUACUGUGUGGAGUGUGUGGAGUUUCUGUGUGUGACAUGUAUUGAGGCGCACCAAAGGGUCAAGUUCACCAGAGAUCACACCAUACGCCAGAAGGAGGAGAUGUCUCCAGAAGCACUAGGUAUGUCCACACAGAAGCCCGUGUUUUGUGACAUCCACAAGCAGGAGCCACUGAAGCUGUUUUGUGAGACGUGUGACAGACUCACCUGUCGCGACUGUCAGCUGCUCAAACACAAGGAUCACAACUACCAGUUUUUAGAUGAUGCAUACAGGAACCACAAGCAGCAUCUGGAGAACAUGACGCAGCAGUUGCAAGAGAAAAGAAAGGCCAUCGAGGAUGUGUCCAGCUGUAUCAGUACUGGACUCCAGCAAGUUGAAGAAAACCGGAAGGGCGUCACCAAUGAAAUAAAGAAGUCAAUAUGUAACUUGAUUAUGGAGAUCAACAGAAAGGGAAAGAUUCUGGUCAACCAGCUUGAGGCUCUGACUAAAGACCAUGAGAUGGGUUUGAAAAAGCAGCAAGAGGACGUCAACUCUCUGAGCAGGCAGCUAGACCAUGUCAUCAGCUUUACUAAAUGGGCCACAGCCAGCCAUAGUGGAACAGCCCUUCUGUACUGCAAGAGACUGAUCCUUUUCCAGAUCCAUUACCUGAUGAGAGCAAGCUGUAAUCCCUCCAUCGUCCCUCAGAGUACUGUUCGUUUUCAGUGUCGCUCUGGUUUCUGGGCAACGAAUGUAGACCUUGGUUCUCUGGUUGUAGAAAGGGGCCAGGGCCGGCCACCCAUCCCCAACCACCAGGCAGUACCCAGAGCAGAAGCGCCCACUGGAGCUCUUUCCGCCUCAGCUCAGCAGCGACAGAGCACGUUGGCUCAGCUGCAGAUGCAUGUGGACAAGCUUGCCCAGCAGCCCAACAGACAGCCCCCCCCUAACCACUGGUCCUGGUACCAAAAUGUCAGGGGCCAGGGUGUCCCAGGACACCCCGGCCCUCCACCCCAAACCAGACCCAUCCACGGAGGGUCCUCCCCCUCCCAAGGCCCUCCAAGCUUGGGUCAGCCAGGACGAAGAUACGGCAGCUCCUACCCCAAUCCCAGAAGCCCCACGUCGUCUAUGCUUCACAACACAGGAUUCCCACCCGCUCAGUCUCUGAGAGAUCUGAUCCAUAGCUCCGGCUUCCCUCCUAAACCCAUGGAUGUGUUGCAGGGUACGCCCCGCUACCCACAGCCUCUGUCUGUUGGAGCAGCUACACAGAUGUCACUACAACAGCGGGGCCUGACGGAAUCCUCCUUCCUGAAGAGGAGUGAGGCUGGUGGAUCUGUCCCCUCCAUCACCAUCUCCAUCCCCAAACCCAGCUUCGCUCCAAGUCUAGCUUCAGCAACUACGGAUAAAACAAACGCAUUUAAUCACACAGCAGUUCAAGCAAGGCAGAACUCCCCAAUGGCCAAACCAUCUUCUUCAGACAGAGGCACAGGGACGACUUCCUGGAGGCAGCGCACCGAGCCUCAGUCUGCCCCCUCAGCCAAGCGACGAAGAAGGUCGUCCCCAGGGCCCAUCAUCGUCAUCAAGGACGAACCGGAGGAUGAGGAUGAAGUUCGAUUUGUGCAGUCCACCGUGGGCUCCAGCCUGCCGGACAGCAGCACCGGGGCUCAGUCAAAGCCUCGGCAGCAGCAGAAGGUAUCUGUACCAGUCCCAGUACCUGGAUCAGAGUCUGGAGCAGAGUCAAGCACAGCAGCCAAAGAGCAGCAUCAGCAACCCGCAGCACAGCCCGAGUCUGAAAAGAGAGCGGAGCCGGAGGAAGAUCCCAAUGAGGACUGGUGCGCCGUCUGUCAGAACGGGGGGGAACUGCUCUGUUGCGACAAGUGUCCCAAAGUCUUUCAUCUGGCCUGCCACAUUCCCGCUCUGAAUGAGUCCCCCAGCGGGGAGUGGUUCUGCUCGCUCUGCAGAGACCUCGCCUCUCCUGAGAUGGAGUACGACUGUGACAGCAAGGAUGAUCCCGUCUCUGAAGGGUUCCCGCCUGAUGGGAGACGGAAGUGUGAGAGGCUGCUACUACGUCUGUUCUGCAAUGACUUCAGCACUGACUUCCAGCAGCCGGCUGCUCCAUCAGAGACAAGACGGUACAAAGAGCUGAUCAAGACUCCGAUGGAUUUGUCAUUAGUCAAGAAGAAACUGGAGUUAAAGUCGCAGGAGGGUCAAUGUUAUAACGGUCCUGAAGAGUUUGUCGCAGACGUCCGGUUAAUAUUUUUCAACUGUGCAAAGUACUACAAGGCGACCUCCGAAGUGGGGAGUGCAGGUUUGUACCUGGAGGACUACUUUGAGGAGCAGUUGAAACUAGUCUACCCAGAUAGGGUUUUCCCUGGAGGGAGGGAGGAACAGAUGAUCCCUCCCCUAGAAGAGGAGAUAGAUGAAGAGGAAGAGAUGAUGGAGGAGGGCAUGGCUCCCAUCGAAGACGAUAAGCCACAAAGUCCCGCAGGAAAAGGAAUCCCCCCUGUGGAAGAAGACUUGCCUCCUCUGGAAGAAGCUACAGCACCUGCGGAGGAAGAAAAGUCUGAAAUGGAGGAGAAGGUGAUGGAUGCGGGUGAAAAGGGGACGGAUGAAAAGGUAGCCGACGUCGACGCCGCCGCCACCGAGGGCAACACGCCUCCUGCAGAGGAGGCAAAGCAGGACGAGGAGAUUCCUGAGAAGGAGGCUAAAAGCACUCCAGUGGCCGACGGUGAAACAAAAGAGGCAGAAGCUCCCAAAUCCCCAAAAGAGGAGAGCCCUGAGCUUCCCACAGACACAGCUGUGGAUCCGCCUGACACCCAGGAGGAGUCAGCUCCUGCAGACACAGCCAAAACAGAGGAGGAGGCAUAGAUCACAGCAGAGAGAAACUGUAGACAUCAUGGAUGAUUUCAGUCUUCCGCAGAAGUGGCCCCAGUGGGGACCGACAUUUGCUGCAAUCAGGCAUUUCUUUUGUAAUAUGUUAUAUUUGCAAUAGGAAAAAGGUACUGCAAUGCUAAAUAGACUUAUUUAGUAGCAGUCAUGCAGUAGAUGCACAUGAAGGGAUUAAAUAAGCUUUUUUUUUGCUGGACAGACUUUACAAUUUUACUGUAACAUAGUUUGUUAUUUUCUUUUAUGAAAAAUCUGAAAAGCACACAAAAAGAUAUUUCUUUGUAAAUAGGAUCAUUUUUAAGUCAACAUCAUUAAAAUAAGAGAAAAAUAUUUGGAAUAAUAAUGCAUGCAUAAUGCCUUGAUGUAAAUAUUAAUGCCUCCAUUUUAGUGUUUAUAGACUUUGGCUAUCUUGCACUAGCCAUUUGGCUGAUGAACAAAUUAUGUUUUAUUGCAAGAGUAUCUUUUUUAUUUUAUUAAUAAUGUAUUAAAGGAUAGCUGUAUAUAAAAAAAAAAAUUGGUUGUUUUAGAACAAACAAUAAUUUCAAAUCUGAACAACGUUUUGUCAUAAAGCAGCUUGUUUGUUCUUACCAGAAUAACAAUUCUUCAGACUUUACGGUUCUUACUCUUAGAUAGCUCAGAGACUUGAUUAUCACCUUAUCAUCAGCCUCUGACAACAGUGUGUGUUCCCCAAAUUGUGUCCUUGCCCUUCUGCAGCAUGAUUACUUUUUUUUUUACAUAAGAUUAGUCUUAAGCCUUGUUGUUUUUGCUGGUUUCCCUCACUGAAAGCAAUCAAAGUGAGCAAUUACACCCACAGAACAAAAAAGCUUCAGUUAAUUACACCUUUCUGUAACUCUGACACUUCAUCUCCAGUAUAGUAUAUGUCUAAUAUUAACACUUUUAUUAUUUAUUGUGGAUACACAGGACCUGUAAAUGUACUCUGGAAACAAUGGUAAUACCUGCAUUUACAAUAUUUGUAAUAAACAGGGUUAAAUGUA